UCCCACUAUAGGGCCCUCCCCUUUCCCUUUUUUAAAUAUAUGUCUUCCAUUAGAUAAAGAUUGCAGGUUCAGUUCUUCAUAUCGGUUAUUUUAGAUGGGACACGGGCUGCUGAAGAUGCUAAGUGUGUUGGCUAACUGUAUUAGUUAUCUAUUGCUGCAUAGCAGGUGACCUUGAAUUAAUCAAAUAACCCACAUGUAUUAUGUGAUAGUUUCUGUGGGUCUGGGCAUGGUGUAGCCGAGUCCUAUAUAAGGAUGCUAUUGAGAUGUUAGCUAGGAUAGAGGACUCUUGGAUGCUUGACUGGGGAAAUAUCAUCUUCCUAGCUCACUGGGUACCUGAAUUUGUUUCUUUGUAGUCGUAGGGCUGAGGUUUCCAUUUUCUUUCUUGUUGGCUAUUGGCUGAAAGGCUUGUAGGCUGUUGGUUGGAGGCCUCCCUCACUUCCUAAAGAGCUGGUCCGGCUCAUGAGCAGCUCGGAGCUCAAUGUCUUGACCCCCUCCCUCCACACCGUGGGGAACAUCGUCACGGGAACGGAUCACCAGACCCAGGUGGCCAUCGACGCGGGCAUGCUGCCCGUGUUGCCCCAGCUCCGGAUGCACCCCAAGUCCUCCAUCCAGAGGGAAGCAGCUUGGGCCUUGAGCAACGUGGCUGCAGGGCCUCGCCAGCACAUCCAGCGGCUGAUAGCUUGCGGCAUGCUGCCUCCUUUGGUGGCUCUGCUGAAAAACGGAGAAUUUAAAGUCCAGAAAGAGGCCGUUUGGACCGUGGCUAACUUCACAACUGGAGGCACCAUAGACCAGUUGAUCCAGCUUGUCCACUCUGGUGUCCUGGAGCCACUGGUGAAUCUGCGUACCAUCCAAGACAGCAAAAUUUUUAUCAUCAUCCUUGAUGUUAUCUCUUUUAUCCUCCAGGCAGCAGAGAAGCUUUCAGAGAAGGAAAACCCGUGUCUUCUGAUAGAGGAAAUGGGUGGCAUUGAUAAAAUCGAGGCUUUGCAACUUCAUGAGAACCCUCAGGUUGCUCUGACUGCUUUGAACAUUAUCGAGAACCAUUUUUCUGAGGGAGAAGAAAGUGGCACAGUAUUACCAGCCCUGGACCAAGAUCAUGAAUUCUUAAACCGCUUAACAAAGCAAUACCAAGGCCCCACGACUCCUAAACCAAGGAGCAAACCCUAAUGGGUAACUUCUUUAAGAACCUUCUAUGUCUUGGCAUGGCACAGGUGUAAAGCUUUUUAAACUAAAUGUUAAUAAAAUUUUCGACACCUUCACCUCCAUCUAUCAAAAAAAAAAAAAGUUUCUUGUCA